AUGAGCGCACCGACAUACAUGGGAGUCAGCGGCCAGUCCCUGGCCGUGCUCCAGAUUGCCGCCAUUGUCGCCCCGUCCUUCAUCCUCUUUGGCUACAACCAGGCUGGAAUCGGAGGUCUGUUGACCGAGGAGGACUGGGUCAAGACAUUCCCCGAGAUCGACACCGUCAACGCUGAGGGUGCUGAGAAGAGUCGCAAGUCUACUCUCCAGGGCUUUGUUGUCGCGACCUUCGUCAUCGGUGCUCUCAUCGGUUCGCUGUCCUGCUCUUACACAGGUGAUAAGUUUGGACGUCGCAACAUCAUCUUCUUCGCGUCCAUCUGCACCCUCAUCGGCGAGAUCCUCGAGGCUUCUUCCUUCGGCCUUGCUCAGUUCAUCGUCGGCAGAGUCAUCAUCGGUCUCGGUAUUGGUCAACUCAGCUCCAUCGUCCCCGUGUGGCAAAGUGAGACAUCUGCUGCCAGAAACCGUGGUCGUCAGGUCGUCUUGACUGGUCUCUUCAUCUGCCUUGGAUAUGUCCUCGAGUCCUGGAUCAACCUUGGCUUCUUCGAGUUCCACAAUGGCCCUGUCACCUGGAGACCCCCGAUCGCCAUCGCCAUUGCCUUCUCCCUCAUCCUCAUGAUCUCGAUCUACUUCUUCCCCGAGAGCCCUCGAUGGCUCGUCAUGAAGAACAGAUCCGAGGAGGCCCGUCAUGUUGUCGCUGCCCUUCGUGGUCUUCCCAUCGACUCCACCGAGGUUCUUGCUGAGGUCGCCGGUAUCGAGCACUCCCUCGAGGAAACCUCCGACAAGGCUGCCCGUCUCAGCGAUAUGCUCAAGAUGGGUGAGGACAAGCUCCUCUACCGAUUCGUCCUCUGCCUCCUUCUCCAGUUCUACCAGCAGAUGAGUGGCUCCAACCUCGUCAGCGUAUACGCCAACGUUCUCUUCCAGAAGAAUCUCGGCAUGGAUGCCGAGACCGCCAAGGCUCUCACCGGCGGAGCCCUCACCUGGAAAUUCCUGGCCUCUUUCCUCGCCUUCUUCACCAUUGAUCGCUUCGGUCGCCGAGCCGUCUUCAUCAUCAGCGGUGCUGGUAUGUCGUGCUGCAUGAUCGCCCUCGCCAUCAGUACUUCGUUCGGUAACGAGAAUAAGCCUGCCAUGAUCACUGCUGGCUGCUUCAUUUACCUGUACAACACCUUCGUUCCUAUCGGUUUCCUAGGCGCCAACUUCUUGUACUGUACUGAGGUUGCGCCUCUCCGCCUGCGAAUGGCCAUGUCUUCCAUCUCGACUGCCAACCAUUGGCUAUGGAACUUCAUCGUGGUCAUGGUUACCCCCGUUGCGCUCAACACCAUCGGCUGGCAAUACUACAUCGUGUAUGCCGUCAUUGCCGCAUGCGUGCCCAUCUCAGUCAUCUUCUUCUUCCCUGAAACCAUGGGCAGAAGCCUGGAAGAGAUCGAGCUCGUCUUCAGGGAGUCGCCAUCUGUCUUUGCGACAGUCAAGUUUGCAAAGACUCGUCCUACCAACACUCCCCAGCAAUUCCUCGCUGGCAAGGAGAAGGCCGACCACCUGGAAGAAGGAGAGGAAUAA